GCUGGUGACCGCGCCGUCGUCCCUUUCCCGCAGCCAGGGAGCCCGCCCCGCCGCCGCCUGCUCUUCCCCCCCGGGACACCAUGGAGCUCUCCCCGUCGUCCGGAGGAGCCGUGGAGGCGCUGUCGUGGCCGGAGAUGUUCUCGGGGCUGGAGUCCGACUCGCCGCUGCCCCCGGAGGAUCUGGACGCGGUCGUCCCAGUCAGCGGGGCAGUAGCCGGUGGCAUGCUGGAUCGGAUCCUUCUGGAGUCGGUGUGUCAGCAGCAGAGCUGGGUCCGAGUGUACGACGUAAAAGGACCACCCACCCAUCGUCUGUCUUGUGGUCAGUCACCCUACACCGAGACAACAUCAUGGGAGAGGAAGUACUGCAUUCUCACAGACAGCCAGCUGGUGUUGCUCAACAAGGAAAAAGAGAUACCUGUGGAAGGACAGGAGCAGCAGACAGAUUCCACCAAAGGACGAUGCCUGAGGAGAACUGUCAGUGUUCCUUCAGAGGGUCAGUUUCCUGAGUACCCAGCAGAGGGCACCGCUAAACUAGAGGUGCCAGCAGAAAGGUCCCCCCGCAGACGGAGCAUCUCAGGGACCAGCACAUCAGAGAAACCCAACUCCAUGGACACUGCGAAUACCUCCCCUUUCAAAGUACCAGGAUUCUUCAGCAAGCGCCUGAAAGGUUCCAUCAAGAGGACCAAAAGCCAGUCAAAGCUUGACAGAAACACAAGCUUUCGACUUCCAUCCCUUCGCAAUGCAGAUGACAGGGCUCGUGGUCUGCCUAAACUGAAAGAGUCUCGUUCCCAUGAGUCCCUGCUGAGCCCGUGCAGUGCAGUGGAAUGUUUGGAUCUUGGUAGAGGGGAGCCAGUGUCAGUGAAACCACUCCAUAGUAGCAUCCUUGGACAAGACUUCUGCUUUGAGGUCACCUACUUAAGUGGAAGUAAAUGCUUUAGCUGUAACUCUGCCUCAGAGAGAGAUAAGUGGAUGGAAAACCUUCGAAGGACAGUUCAACCAAAUAAGGACAAUUGUCGACGAGCUGAAAAUGUUCUCCGUUUAUGGAUCAUUGAAGCCAAGGACCUUGCCCCUAAAAAAAAAUAUUUCUGCGAACUGUGCCUUGAUGAUACCCUAUUUGCUCGUACAACCAGCAAGACCAAAGCAGACAAUAUUUUCUGGGGUGAACAUUUUGAAUUCUAUAGCCUUCCACCUCUUCAUAGCAUCACAGUUCACAUUUAUAAGGAUGUGGAAAAAAAGAAAAAAAAGGACAAGAAUAAUUAUGUAGGGCUCGUCAACAUCCCCACUGCCAGUGUGACUGGUCGCCAGUUUGUAGAAAAGUGGUACCCAGUAAGUACACCUACACCCAACAAAGGAAAGACAGGAGGACCUUCCAUUCGGAUUAAGUCACGUUUCCAAACUAUCACCAUUCUGCCUAUGGAGCAAUACAAAGAAUUUGCAGAAUUCAUCACCAGCAACUACACCAUGCUGUGUUCUGUUCUUGAGCCGGUAAUUAGUGUGAGGAAUAAAGAGGAGCUGGCUUGUGCCUUAGUACACAUUCUUCAGAGUACUGGCAGAGCCAAGGAUUUUCUAACUGAUUUGGUGAUGUCUGAGGUGGAUCGUUGUGGAGAACAUGAUGUUUUGAUCUUCAGAGAAAACACCAUUGCCACUAAAUCCAUUGAAGAAUACCUCAAGUUGGUGGGACAACAGUACCUUCAUGAUGCACUGGGGGAGUUCAUCAAAGCCUUGUAUGAAUCAGAUGAGAACUGUGAAGUGGAUCCCAGCAAGUGUUCAUCUAGUGAGCUGAUAGACCAUCAGAGCAACCUGAAAAUGUGCUGUGAGUUGGCUUUCUGCAAGAUCAUCAAUUCAUACUGUGUCUUCCCUCGUGAGUUGAAAGAAGUGUUUGCAUCAUGGAAGCAGCAGUGCCUGAACCGAGGAAAGCAAGACAUCAGUGAGCGGCUCAUUAGUGCCUCACUGUUUCUCCGUUUCCUUUGCCCAGCCAUUAUGUCUCCCAGUCUUUUCAGCCUGAUGCAGGAGUAUCCUGAUGACCGCACAUCUCGGACUCUAACUCUUAUUGCCAAGGUCAUUCAGAACCUGGCCAACUUUGCCAAGUUUGGUAACAAAGAGGAAUACAUGGCAUUCAUGAAUGACUUUUUAGAACAUGAGUGGGGUGGAAUGAAGCGGUUCCUUUUGGAGAUCUCUAAUCCAGACACCAUCUCAAACACCCCAGGCUUUGAUGGUUACAUUGAUCUGGGCAGAGAGCUGUCAGUUUUGCAUUCCUUACUGUGGGAAGUGGUUUCCCAGCUUGAUAAGGGUGAAAAUUCCUUCCUACAGGCAACUGUGGCAAAACUGGGGCCUCUCCCUCGUGUUCUUGCUGAUAUUACCAAGUCUCUGACUAAUCCUACACCAAUACAACAGCAGCUGAGACGCUUUGCUGAGCACAGCUCCAGUCCAAAUGUCAGUGGAAGCCUCUCCUCUGGGCUGCAGAAGAUAUUUGAAGACCCCACUGACAGUGAUUUACAUAAACUAAAAUCUCCAAGCCAGGAGAAUACAGACAGCUAUUUCAGAGGGAAAACAUUAUUGUUGGUUCAGCAAGCCUCCUCCCAGAGCAUGACUUACUCUGAAAAGGAUGAAAAGGAAAACAGCCUUCCUAAUGGCCGGAGCAUCUCCCUCAUGGACCUCCAGGACACUCAUGCUGCUCAGGUGGAGCAUGCAUCUGUCAUGCUUGAUGUGCCUAUGCGCCUCGCAGGAAGCCAGCUUUCUAUAACCCAGGUGGCUAGCAUCAAACAACUUCGGGAAGCCCAAAGCACUCCCCAGAGUGCACCUCAAGUGAGAAGACCCCUGCACCCAGCCUUGAACCAGCCAGGAAGUCUCCAGCCCUUGUCAUUCCAGAACCCUGUUUAUCACCUCAACAACCCAGUUCCAACAAUGCCAAAGGCCUCUGUAGAUUCUAGUUUGGAGAACCUAAGCACUGCCAGUUCUAGAAGCCAAAGCAAUAGUGAAGACUUCAAACUCAGUGGACCCAGCAAUAGCAGCAUGGAAGAUUUCACCAAAAGAAGCUCGCACAGUGAAGACUUCUCCAGGCGGCACACUGUACCAGACAGACACAUACCUCUUGCUCUGCCUCGACAAAAUAGUACUGGGCAGUCCCAAAUCCGAAAAAUGGACCAGGCUGGGUUAGGUGCCCGAGCCAAAGCUCCUCCAUCCCUUCCACACAGUGCUUCCUUACGUAGCACAGGGAGCAUGUCAGUGGCAUCUGCAGCCCUAGUGGCUGAACCUGUGCAGAAUGGAAGCCGAUCCAGGCAGCAGUCCUCUUCCUCCAGAGAGAGCCCUGUUCCCAAAGUGAGAGCAAUCCAGAGACAACAGACACAGCAGGUUCAAUCACCUGUGGAUUCUGCCACAAUGUCUCCAGUAGAAAGGACAGCAGCCUGGGUUCUGAACAAUGGACAGUAUGAAGAAGAUGUGGAAGAAACAGAACAAAAUCAAGAUGAAGCCAAGCAUGCUGAGAAGUAUGAACAAGAAAUUAGCAAAUUGAAGGAGCGCCUGCGAGUGUCCAGCCGGCGGCUGGAGGAGUAUGAGCGCCGGCUGCUGGUGCAGGAGCAGCAGAUGCAGAAGCUGCUGCUGGAGUACAAGGCCCGGCUGGAGGACAGUGAGGAGAGGCUGCGCAGACAGCAGGAGGAGAAGGACAGCCAGAUGAAGAGCAUCAUCAGCAGGCUAAUGGCUGUGGAAGAGGAAUUAAAAAAGGAUCAUGCUGAGAUGCAAGCAGUUAUUGAUGCAAAGCAGAAAAUAAUUGAUGCACAGGAAAAGCGGAUCGUGUCCCUCGACUCAGCCAACACAAGAUUGAUGAGUGCGCUGACUCAAGUGAAGGAGCGGUACAGCAUGCAGGUCCGCAAUGGCAUCUCUCCCACCAACCCCACCAAGCUUUCCAUCACGGAGAAUGGUGAAUUCAAAAACAGCAGCUGCUGAUGGCCUUUGUGAAUACAAACUGUGGGAGGAGACAGAAGGAAGUUGCCCAGCUCUCCUGUCCCCAGCUCUUUAACCCUCCAGGUUUACAGAAUGUUGCUUCAAAUAGCAGUUUGGUGAGAAACUCUCAAAUGAAGAAAGAAACCUUGUCUUUCAGGGCAUAAAGCAAAGACUCCCAAUGUCGAUGCUUUCCCCAGUGUCUCUAUGUACGUAGGGAACUUAGUUCUGGGCCAUGUACAGAAAUACCACUGUAAUAUACCAAAAGGAAGUUAAUAAUGUAGAUUACCUUUUUAAUUAUUACUAUUUUAUUAUUGUUUUUCUCUUGAAAGCACUGCAGUUUUUAGUGGAGGAAAAGUAGGAACCAAGUGUGAGUGAGAAAUGAGCCCGUCGGUUUAGUAGGUAGAGGCUCUGUGUAUUGGAUUAGGAGCACAUGGAGUGCAAUAGGACCUUGUCAAAAUGAUUUUUUUCAGGGAUUCAUCUGCCAGUUUAAAAGCCCCACCCUAGUCCCUUACCAUUAGGAAGACAUGAAAAUAGCAAGAUCCAUACAGAACAGUUAUUUAUGCUACUGAUUAACCAAGAUGGUUCUGAUCAGACAGUAAUCUGAUUUAUAGAGUCGCCAUUUCAGAGGACAUGGAUAGAAGUGGUUGAUUGUACCAAAACUGAAUUAGAAAUGAUUUCUGUUGCCUGUCAGUAUGUUUGUUUCCUCCAUCUAUAACAGAUGGGAAUUUUCUGUUUUAGAUAUGGGAUUUUUGAUUUUUUUUUUACUCCUACUUUUUGUUUUUACUACUCUUUAGAGUUGACAGAACUAUAAAUAUUUGUGUCUCUUUCUACAUCUUCAUUUUCACACAUGCCUCCCCAUGCCGGGAGCAGCCAGCACCAACAGGGUUUACUCUCCACUGGAGAGGUUAUUCAAGUAUGCCAUUCGUAAGCCAUCUGAAUAAAUACCCUUUCUUUUACACAGAAAAGGGCUAAUACAGCAGAGCAGGAAUCUCUGAAUAUUUCCCACUACAAUUUUUCUUCCUAUUUGUUGGAUUUUUGCUUAGGAUAAAGAUUGUAUCCACCAUACUAACAGAUCUGUGGGAUUUUAUUACCACUUUUAAAUUGCUGCUUCUUUCUAUUUAUCCCUUCCGUAAAAUUUGGGAAGGAAAUCUAAAACUGAAACUUGUCUUUCUUUUCAAAAUGAUAAUCUUGCUACAGAAAAAAAACAGAAUGUGAGGAUGGCACAUUCCAUUUGUUAUUCCACACUCGUGGUAGACUCAGCAAGAAUGUCCCAGCUUAUCUUUAAUGGCUUUAAUACAGGACAGAAAAUCCAUGUUUCUCUCCAGAGUGUGACACGUCAUCUGGAAUGCAGGCUUAAUUACCAGAGGUAGAGAAAGUUAGCUGCAGGUUAAACAAAUAUUAUAUAUAUAAGUAUAUAUAUAUAUACAUAUAUUCACACAUAUGUACAUACAAUGUGCACAUCAAAAAUGUUCAUACCUUUUAUGCUGUCAGAUAUACAGAGAUAAUGUUUUAAAAGGGUCUUGAAUCUCUUUAAACAAGUUCUACACUGUUUCAUGUUGAAAAAAACAGCAUUUCUCAAAUAAGUUAAUGUUUUGUUUUGUUUUUAAGUUAUAAACUUUAAGAAUUUUUUUAAGUAAAGGAUGCAGAGGGAGACAUAACAGAGACAUAUGCAUGGAGUAUGUGUUUCUACAUAGUAGAAUAUUUAUAAGAAAGCAAGAGAACAUAUUCUCUCUGUUCGAAGCCCAGGCAUAGAUACCAAGCCCUCCUUUCCACCAAGUCCCAGGCAUGCAUUCCAAGUCUCACUUGACCCUUAGGUUGACCUUUAUGUCUGACCUUGCAUUUCAGCACCCUCUCCAGAGCCCUCAACUGACCACAUUUAAAAAGGGGUUGUUCCUAAUAACCUGUUUGUGUCAGACAAACGUCUAAAACAGGAGCAUCUCACUGCAGGCCUUCAUGUCCACUUGAGUGUUUUCUUGACCCUUAGCAGGUAUUUUAUGAUGUCUUAUCUCCUCUCCAAGCUGAGGUGCAGUAUGUUAAAAAUUACUUCAUAAGAGAAAAGGGUUUUGAUUCUGCAGUAAUGGCCUGUAUUGAGUGAAGUAGGAAUGUAAACAUAGAUCUUUUUUUGUUUGUAGCUUAGCAAUGUUUUCUUUACUCUUCAAAACCCUUCAGAAGUACCAUAGAGAACCUAGUGUAAUUCUUAGUCUCAAUGGCCUGAAGUAUAUGAUGUGGUAACAUCUUGUUUGAGUUUGAGAAGGUCUCAAGGUGCCGGUUAUGGAUUACAGAGCUGCUCAAAUAAGUGUAGUGAUGAAAACACUGUAACUGUUAGUGCUUUGGGGUCUGAAUGCAUUGCAAGACUGAAUCUCAGAACCGUUAGACAUAUGACGAGGCCCUCCAGCCACCAUGUUAUUAUCACUGGAGAGAAAGAAGACCACAGCAAUAGGAAGAGGAUUAGAGGUCGGAAGUGCCCCAUUGUUGCCAGAUACUAAAUCUCAGAUUAUCCUUUGAGCCUACUCAUUUUUUUAACCUAUCAGAAAUAUUAUUCUGAACUGGGACGUAGCUCCAUUGGCAGAGUGCCCCCUUAGCAUGCCAGAGGCCCUGUGUUCAAACUCCAGCGCCACGUGAACUAGGAUGGUGGCACACAGGCCAGCAAUCCCAGCACUCCAGGAGUGGGGGCAGGAGGAGCAGGAGGUUCCUGGCCAACCUGAGUUACUUCAGACCCUGACUCAAAAUGCUAAUUUAUAUAUAGUUAAUAUUUCUUUAGAGAAUGUUGCAGUCUUAUCAAGUUUGAGGAUAGAAGAAGACAGCAGCAGGUGCUAAUUUACAUGGUGUUUCUUUAAUUAAAUAGGUACAUCAUUUUGUUACUGGGAGGAAAUGUGAGAUUUUUUAAAAAGCUGAUGGGUUAAGUAGCUGCAUCUUGCGAUCCCUGUUUUUGUCAACAUAUCAGCACAUACAUUGUGAGAAUAGCCCAGGGUUGGAUAGGGUUUGGUAUUCAGGUUAAGUGCUUAUGUGGCUUUUAUUCAGGAGAGGACAAGACUUUACCCGUAACAAGGACAGCCUUUCUGGGAUCAGGAAAGGGACUUCUUGUUUCCCUCCUAUAUCACUAGAGCAAUAAGAUUUCGAGACUUUUCCAGAAUGGUAAAAAGUCCUGUUUCCAUAAGACUAGCGUUACUUCAGUGUCUGUCCCUGUUGCUGCUUGGGUCUGGGGUAGUCUUUUACUUGGUGUGGGAACUGAGGUGAUUAUGCUACCAUGGCUGUUCUAGCCUUUUCACUUACCAUCAACUUGGUCAGAACUGGUCUGCUCCUGUCCUCUAUUAUGGGGUUGCAGAGUGAAGAAACCGUGAGGGUUUCUAAGACAGUUGUAAACAUCGAGUGUGUGCACUGGGGCCGAGCGCGAUCUCAGAAGUAGUUUCCCUAUUCUUACUGUACCCGUGGCUUUUGUACUGUGGCUCUUCAGAGGCCUGGCUCCCUCUGUGUCCUCAGAUACAGCAGUUUAGGAGUAGGGGUUUUGUUUGAAGUUCCAGAUGACACUUACCAUCAAAUGGGUUUGCAUUACUGUUUGUUCUGCUUCCAUCCACAUUUAGUUCUGGUUCCCCCCCAGAUACAGUUCCUGAGAACUGUUAAGAACUGAGCGAGGAGAAGCAGUCUUCUCAGGAUCCUCAGUCAACAGACUGACUGAUCCCCAUGCUGGACCAUAGAUAGAGUAGCCAUGUCACUGGCAAACUCAGCAUCUCCAAAGUCCACGCCACAGUUUUUCAUUUUCAGUCACUUGGGGGCAGGGAGUCACCUUCUGCUACAGAUUAAACAACUUCAGGGGACAUUCUGCUCUAUACCCCUUGGCUUUUUCAAGUGAACUCUCCUGCUUGCCUUAGCAGUAAAAAGUCACCUUCCCACCCCAUACCUAGGAUACCUUUUAAAAUUAUUAUUAACUUAAAGAACUUACACUUGUUUCUUAAAAGCAAGUAAUGUUGAAGUUUCAAAUUUUUUAAGUACACGGUUUUUUAUGUUUGAAUAAUUGCUACCAGUUCUUACAGAGCACCCUCUCUCACCGACCGUCCAGGAAAGCUCUUGAGCUUUGAAAGGAUGGGGUGAUGGGAUUUGCAUCAGAGAGAGUGCAUUUCCUUCAGAAAAAUCCUGAGGAAGGCACAUGAUCCAGUGAACUUGGUUCCUCAGAAAUUCAAAGAAGCAAGUAGAGUUGUAUCCCCUGGCUCCUCCUAAGAGGAAAGGCAGCUCCUGAGAGAACCUGUGCAUGCCUACAAGAACACACAGCUCUAAGGCAUCCCUUAAAAAAAUGUUCAUCCACUACUAGGGAAACUACUAGUUCCCAAACUUUAUUCAGUUUUUGUUUUGUUGUUUUAUAGAUUUUAUAAAAUUAUAUUCUCUUUAAAAUGUACUAUAUGUGUUAUAUGUAUAUAUAAGUUAAAGUGACUUGAGCAAGGUAUCAUUAUUGGUAGCACAGAGAAUAUGGAGCAGCAGAUGACUGUCGCCAUCCGAGAGCAGAAUACAGAAAGUAGCUUUGGUUCCUCACCAGUUCGUGCUCAGGUGUUUGAGCAGCAGCCCAGCUAUCCUUGGUCAAUGCAGCAAGCCACCCACAGAGAGGUCAGGAGUGCUUUGACCCCGUGUUUCAACACACAUUUUAAUUUUCUACUCUGUUUUUUUUUAUCAGAUGCCUUCCUUGUUCCCUAGGAAGGCUUAGAACUGAAAACCAGACUCAACUGUUGGUGUGGUAGCAUUUCCACAGAUGCGUUUUAGGGGUCCCCAUCCUAUGUGUGUGGUCAAGCAUUUGAAUAUAAAUAGCAUGGAUAUGUCAUUUUCAGACCCUCAAGGAAAUUUUCAACUUCCAGUUCACUAAAAGGUUAAAUGCUAAUUAACUGUCUGACCACUAUCCUGCAAAAAAGCUAAAAUAAGUAGUAAAGGUUGAAUUUUGACUGGUGCUUAGAUAUUUCUAGAUAUAUUAGGAUCAACUCAAGCAAACAGCAGCAUAAUUACCUGGGUCAUACCUGUGAGGAAUUUAUCUUCCAAAUUUGGUUUUGUUUUUCAUCUCCAGGGCCUUAAUAAGAGUGUGUUAAUACACAUGACUAUUUUACAAAGAUAGUUCAAAAUAAUUUAUUUUUUAUUUCAAGAAAGAAACUCACCAUAGAAAAACAAAACCCAAGAUUUUAUUUUAUUUUUAAAGCCAUAUUUUUGUGCUUUGUAGCACUUAGAUUGUUCCAUAUGUGAUCCAUAUCUGCAUUUCAUUACCUGGGUUCUAAAAAAGAUUUAUUUUUGUUCUGUGAAUAAUUUUUGACGGUUCUUGUACAUGUACAGAUAUAGAUACGUUUGAGGUCUUUUAUUGAUAUUCCUACAAAAAAUACAAAUAAACUUUAACUUUAAACAUUUCA